AUGUCAUCCACAUCCAACCAUAAUCGCAACUUUGUAUAUUUUGAAACGACUCCACGAGCUUAUUACGAUCACUGCACAACAGCGACACCCAACUAUGAUUUAUACCCAAGUCUAUCCCGUAGAAUGGGAAACGGCUACGUACAUCGACCCUCUCGACCACCCGUAACGCAUGCACAAGAUCGACAAGUGAACUUUGCAAGUAUGAAUAUCAUACACCGAGGAGAAAGGCGAACGUGGUACAGCCCUCACCCACUCCUUGACCUGUUUUCACGAUUACCGACCUCCGAGCAUGACGAUGACAGAACAAGGAGGACAACGGUACCCGGUCAAAAUGAUGAUACCCACCUUCCACCAUGGGAUUUGUACCCCCUAUUGCUUCGAAACGUGGAAAACUUUGGUACCGAUGAAAUGAGGCAACGACUUCAUCGUGCAAUGACAAUGGUGUAA